AUGGCUGCCUCCCCGAACAAAAAGCUCCGCGAAGCCUCGCAGCUGGACCAGCUGAAGCAGUUCACUACUGUCGUGGCCGACACGGGCGACUUUGGGCAAAUCAACAAGUACAAGCCGCAGGAUGCCACGACGAACCCGUCCCUGCUGUUCAAAGCCGCUCAGAUGGAGCAGUACGCGGCCCUUGUGGACGACGCUGUCGCCUAUGGCAAGGACCUAUCGCCUGAUCUGUCCGAGACGGAGCGUCUUGGCUACAUUAUCGACAAGUUGUCGGUGAACUUUGGCGUGGAGAUACUGAAGAUCGUGCCUGGCUACGUGUCGACUGAGGUCGAUGCUCGCUUGAGCUUUGACACGGAAAGCACGAUCGCGCGUGCUCACCGCAUCAUUGAUCUGUACGAGAAGGCUGGUAUCAAGAAGGACCGCAUCCUCAUCAAGAUUGCCAGCACGUGGGAGGGUAUCCAGGUGUGCAAACAGCUGCAGAAAGAAGGCAUCUCGUGCAACAUGACGCUGCUCUUUGGCUUUGCCCAGGCGGUGGGCUGCGCUGAAGCGGGUGCAACGCUCAUCUCGCCCUUUGUGGGCCGCAUUUUGGACUGGCACAAGGCCAAGACUGGCAAGGAGAGCUAUGAGUCGCAUGAGGACCCUGGGGUCGUCUCGGUCUCGAGGAUCUACCAGUACUAUAAGAAGCACGACUACAGGACGAUCGUCAUGGGUGCGAGCUUCCGUAACACUGGCGAGAUCAUCGAACUUGCUGGUUGCGAUCGGCUGACGAUCUCUCCUGCUCUCCUGGACGAGCUCACCAAGUCUACAGCCACGCUGGAAAAGAAAUUGGACCCCGAGACGGCUGCCAAGGCAUCGACCGAUGAGAAGGUGUCGUACACCGAGAAGGACUUUCGUCUGAGCAUGAACAUGGACGCUAUGGCUACGGAAAAGCUCGCCGAGGGCAUUCGCGGCUUUAGCGCGGACAUUGUCAAGCUCGAGCAGAUCCUCCAGACGAAGCUCGGUGCUUAA